AUGGCUACGGACUGGGUGGUUCAUGGUGUCUUGAUGACUGACGGUUUGACUGGGUACUCUGUGAUAGACGCAAACCUGGAAUCGAUCCCUAACAGGUGGAUGAUGGAAAUCACAGAAUCAAAAAAAGCAAGAGAGGAAGAUCGUUUGGAAGAAAGCAAGGUUGUCUUACAUGCGACUCUUGUUCAAUUCUUGCAGCGUCAAUCGAGAUUAUGUAUCACCUGGGAUGCUGACAUGUAUAAGAUACUGAAUCAAACAGUUGACUACAGUAGCCUGUCAGGAGAAGAAGAUAGAGCACUUGAGCUUCAGUGGAACGGGCUGGUGAGGAGAGCACGAGAAGACUGGAAAGAAAUAGCUCACGCUCCAAUACUUGAUGCUGAGCCACUGAACGAGGCUCAAGUUGAGGAGUUGGAGAUCUUGGCGGGGGUUGAUGAAGGCGAUAUGUGGGGUUUAGGUUUUGGCGAGUUGGAUUUGGAGGAUUCAGAUUUUGAGGGUGGAGAUGAUGAUAUGUAA